GAUAUUAACGAGUGUACCACUAAGGUCCGUAACUGUGAUGCAAAUGCUUUCUGUGAUAACACUGAGGGAUCUUACAACUGCGCAUGCUGCCCUGGAUAUACUGGAAAUGGAAUAUCAUGCGCCGAUAAAUUAUCAAGGCAUUUGCUAUUAAAACUGGAGGGAACAGGGGGGCGUAAAUUAUGUCGCUGCUCCGUUAUAAGUUUGGGUUUGUUUUGGUUUGUCUUAACAUCUUAGGUUGCUAAACACAAUUUCUCUAAAUCUGAUUUAUCCCUUUACUGUGUAUUUUAACAUCUUUAUCAUUAUAUAAAGAGAAAGAGGGAGGAAAGGCUGAUAAAAAGUUUUAACAGAAAAUAAUGUUUUUGUGGCCUUUGACAUAUCACGUGACCUCAGCGCGGGUCUGUUAAACUAGAGCUGAACAUGCGUACGUGAGAGCCUUUGUUUUGUGGACUUUCAUAAGCAAUGUAAAUAAACUACAAUAUCUUUAAAUCUACUCAUUAAAAUAUGACGAAUGCCACGCCCAAGCCAAUGAAAGCGUCAAAAUAUCUUUUCAGCAAAGGAGUUUUGUGACAAAAUCAAGAUUUCCAUAAAGGCUAUUUUCUUGAAGAUUUUAAAAAACUGUUCGUUACAAUUUUGGUCAAGUGGUUUCUAAAAGAUGGGGGUUACUAAUCGAAAGCUGUGUUCAAUUUUCUAAGAAAAUCCAAUGACUGAAUUUUGCUUAAACCUAAUAAAUUGAAAUUUUUUGGCUUGUUGUCAAACUUCCAUGUUGCCAUGGCAACGAUCCAAGUCCCACUUUUAACCUAAUAAAUGUCAUGUCUGAUAAAUAUAGAUUGAUUGUGCUGAAUCAAAAUUUUAGCGUUAUACCCGCAAUGAGUCUUAAAUAAAACCCCAAUAAUUGGUUAUGAUCCACAACCUAUCAAACUGUGUUCAGGCACCUUAAUUCUCUCCUUUCAGAUAUUAACGAGUGUACAGCCAACGUCCAUAACUGUGAUGACAAUGCUUUCUGUAAUAACACUGAGGGAUCUUAUAAAUGCACGUGUAGCCCUGGGUACGAUGGAAAUGGAACAUCUUGCACCGGUAAAUUAUCAUGACCAAUACAUUUUUCACAAAAAAAAAAAAGCAAUGUAUGUAUUUUAACUCUUUGAUUUUUUUUUUCUAUUUCAUUUCAUUUCAAGUUUUCUUUUUCUUUUUUUGUUUGGCUUUUGUUUUUUUUUUUGAUUUUUUUUUUUUUUUUUGGGAGGGGGGGCUAAAAUCGUUUGGGCUGCAGUAUUUGAAUUACGUUUCGUCAAGAGCCAUUAUGACUCUUGGUUUCGUUGAUCCGUUUUAACCGCGUCAUCUUUAAUACUUUCUUGAUAAUUCUUUCCUUUCAGAUAUUAAGGAGUGUACCACUAACGUCCAUAACUGUGAUGCCAAUGCUUUCUGCAAUAACACUCAGGGGUCUUAUAACUGCACAUGUAGCCCUGGAUACACUGGAAAUGGAACAUCAUGCAUAGGUAAAUCAUCCUGCCUAAUGCACGUAAAAUUAUUUUGGCGAGGUCCAAGAAAGAAGCAGUACCCCAUAAAUGCAUUAAUUAAUUCUCCAAACUUAUCUCUCUCAAACUGUGUUCAGGCGCUUUAAUUCUCUCCUUUCGGAUAUUAACGAGUGUACAGCCAACGUCCAUAACUGUGAUGCCAAUGCUUUCUGCAAUAACACUCAGGGGUUUUAUAACUGCACAUGCAGCCCUGGAUACACUGGAAAUGGAACAUCAUGCAUCGGUAAAUUAUCCUGCCUAAUGUAUGUAAAAUUAUUUUAGUUAGGUUCAAGAAAGAAGCAGUACCCCAUAAAUUCAUUAAGUAAUUCUCCAAACAUAUCUCUCUUAAACUGUGUUCAGGCACCUUAAUUCUCUCCUUUCAGAUAUUAACGAGUGUACAGCCAACGUCCAUAACUGUAAUGACAAUGCUUUCUGUAGUAACACUGAGGGAUCUUAUAAAUGCACGUGUAGCCCUGGGUACGAUGGAAAUGGAACAUCUUGCACCGGUAAAUUAUCAUGACCAAUACAUUUUUCACAAAAAAAAAAGCAAUGUAUGUAUUUUAACUCUUUGAUUUUUUUUAUUUCACUUCAUUUCAAGUUUUCUUUUUCUUUUUUUGUUGUGCUUUUGUUUUUGUUUUUGCUUUUUUGGGGGGUGGGGGAGCUUAAAAUCGUUUGGGCUGCAGUAUUUGAAUUAUGUUUCGUUAAGAGCCAUUAUGGCUCUUGGUUUCGUUGAUCCGUUUUGCCCGCAUCAUCUUUAAUAUACUUUCUUGAUAAUUCUUUCCUUUCAGAUAUUAAGGAGUGUACCACUAACGUCCAUAACUGUGAUGCCAAUGCUUUCUGCAAUAACACUCAGGGGUCUUAUAACUGCACAUGUAGCCCUGGAUACACUGGAAAUGGAACAUCAUGCAUCGGUAAAUCAUCCUGCCUAAUGCAUGUAAAAACAUUUUGGCGAGGUCCAAGAAAGAAGCAGUACCCCAUAAAUGCAUUAAGUAAUUCUCCAAACGUAUCUCUCAGCGUACUUAUAGAAGCCGGUCUGAUAAAUUACGAGCUUUUUCUUGGAAAAGGCACCCUGUUGUUUGAUUCUUGCAUGUAAGCGGCCACCUCCCGUAUGAGACCACCAAUACACGUCGCAUUUUGUUUGGUCGAUUAGAAUACGAGAGGCUUGACUGUAUGUUGUGUUGUCCGAAAGAGAAGAACCUCAUACGUAGAAAGCUUCCCUAUCCAAGGCUUAUUAUUUUAUUCAUAGGCGUCAUUCUGCUGAAAAUAAGGGUUUUUACCUUCCUUUUAGAUAUAAUGAGUGCACGUCUAAGGUCCAUAACUGUGAUAAUGCCAAUGCGUUUUGUAUUACUUUCCUUUCAGAUAUCAAUGAGUGUACGACUAACGUCCAUAAAUGUGAUGCCAAUGCUUUCUGCAAUAACACUGAUGGAUCAUAUAACUGCACAUGCAGCCCUGGAUUCACUGGAAAUGGAACAGCAUGCACCGGU